GUCCGUUGACAUGUAGCCACCGGGAGAAGCUAGGCUAACUAUCGCAAUAUUUAGGAGAGUGUUUUGCUGUUUUCAUGACAGAAAAACUGCCCUGUGGGAAAACUUCCGCUCUUCACACCUACGCAUUCUUCACUGACGUACCUGAGGUAAAAAAGUAAUGACAUACAGAAGAGACAGGAGUAUACGAGAAGUCUAUGAUGACCGUUUUUUAAAUGAGAGACAGGGUCCAUACCCACGAUCAGGUGGAUCGGUCGAGAGAAGAGGGCCCUUUGGUAGGCCAGAGGAUGACUAUGGCCGUAGUGGGUAUGAUUAUGAAGGAGGUCCUCGGUUUUUCCCAAAUGGAGGUGGUCCACGCAGUUACCAUGGUGAAGAUCAGAGGGGCUUUCAUGCAGAUGGUGUGCAUUUCCCUGGUGAACGCAGAGGUGUUCCACCUUCAAGGAGGCAGGAAGACUAUCCUUACAGAGUGCCCAGAGAGGACCCACACCCAGGACGACCUUUGGAAUUUGGCAAUCGCGCGCCACCUCCUCAUAGUGUGAGAAACCAAGGCAUCUACCCAGCACCUAGAUCGCUCCCAGAGGGUGGGGAAGACAAGCUAGUGCAAGCCAUCCUCAACCUGGACAGAGGGGAAGACAGAGACCACUUCAGGAGAAAGGCAGCUCCAUUCCCUCCCAUUAGAGAACGUUCUCCUGCACGCAGAGAGGUGGCCCGCUCCCCCCACAGUCGGUCCGGCUCCAGUGUUAGCAGCAGAGGCUACUCACCAGACAGAGCCAAGAACCUGCCAUUUCCCUCACAGCAAGGCAAGAGUGUGGAUACUCCAGAGGGACACGUGGGUGUUUCUGAGCACCUUUGGGGGGCACUAUUUCCACAGAGUGGACAUGACACUUUGGACAAAAUUCCUGGGCUGUCAAGAGAAGGCUCUCCACACAGUGCAACUUCAAUGAAGGAGGAGAAUAAUCCUCCAGAAGGAGAAAAAGAGGGACUCCUGGUGGAACCUGCUGUGGAAGAGGGCCAGAAGUCCUCUGAAAACUUUCAAGAGCGACGAGCCUUGGCCAUCGCAGCUAAAGCACGGGAGAUUGAGAAGAUCUACCGUCAGGACUGCGAGACAUUUGGCGUGGUUGUGAAGAUGCUGGUGGCCAAAGACCCCAACCUAGAGAAGCAGCUGCAGGUUCCCCUCAGGGAGAACCUUGGGGAGAUCCGGGAACGUUGCUUGGAAGAUCUCAAGCACUUUAUCAGCGAGCUGGACGAGACAGUUCGGCCUGAACAUGUGGUGUGACUCGACCGCUCCCUCUACAUCUCUGACCAGUCAUAAACUUUCUAGAAUGGAGUGAAUCACAGCUCUUACUGACACAUGGGACUCAUUUGCUCCAUUUAUGAGACUGAGCAUGUUGUGAUUGUCAUUAUGAUAUGGCAAAAACUGCCCAACAUGAAGUAAUGGGCCAGAUUUUUGGAUACAUUUUGGAUUUGCUGGACUUGAGACAUUUGACGACCGCAAUCUCAACAUGGCAAGAGGACGCUGUUUUGAUUGUAUGUAGAAAUGAACAGUGUUUGAUUUUUUUUUUUAUUUAGAUUUUUUUCACAUUCUCUGUUGAAAAUUGUUCAUUGUGGAAAAUUCAACAACAUAUUUGACCGGGAAUGACUUUUAAAAAAGCUUGGUCUCUUGUUCAGUGUACAACAUUGAUUUUACUGCAUUGUUGUUUGGAACAAACUCCUGCAUGAUUACAUUUUGUAUAAAGAAAGCCAGCCAAGACAAAGUUUUGUUUAUACUUUUUUCAGUUAUGUAAAUUUCAUUUGUAGCAGUCAGAUCAGAAUUGGUGCUGCAAAAAUGACAAAGGUUCUACAACUUGUAUAAAUUUGUAUUGUCUUGAAAGUUUGAUUUCUUAUUUCUGUGUUGUCAUACUUUACUUUUCAAACUUUGUUACAUGUACCCUCCUGCACAAAUCUUUAUUUGAAGAGUUUGAGGGAAAAGCUAUGUACAAAAGUGUCAUUUCUCUGGAAGUGAAAGUAAAAGAUAUCUAUAAUAAUUUAA